UCCAGUAUUCACCCUUGCUCCCCUAUAUAUACUCUCAAAGAGCCGCCAUUUUCAUUAUCCGAACCUCAGCCUGAAGAUUGAAACAACCUUUUUAGUCACAAUAGCAGGGACCCUUUUUCAAAAAAUUAAUACUUAAAUAUUGUUUUGAGGUGGGGAUUUAUUGAUGAAGCCAACCUGCGGACAAUCUUCAACAUCACCCACGGAGCAUGUCUCGGACACAAGUAAUAGUUCAAAGUACAAGGGUGUAAGAAAGAGGAAAUGGGGUAAAUGGGUGUCCGAAAUUCGACUUCCCAACAGCCGUGAGCGUAUUUGGUUAGGGUCUUACGACUCGGCGGAGAAAGCAGCCAGGGCGUUUGAUGCGGCUCUUUAUUGUUUACGUGGCCGUGAUGCUAAGUUCAAUUUCCCUGACAAUCCACCAGAAAUCGUUGGAGGGAGGUCACUUAGCCCGCAAGAAAUUCAAGUGGUAGCGGCCAGGUUUGCUAACGAGGUGGAAGCUGAUAGGAUUCAAGGAAAUAACAAGGAUAAUACUAAUAUUAGUUCAAAUGAAUCUCAUUUACGUUACAACAACAACAAUGUGUGGACAGAACAGUACACAUCGUCUUCAUCGAUGUCAGCGUCAGAUGGGGGAGCGGCAACACAAGUGGAGGGUCAUGAAAUGAUAGAUUGGUCGUCGUUUUUAAGCAUGUUGGAUACCAACCAAGGGAUGCCCGAUUAUGGCUUUUAUCCAGGGCUUGAUCACUUCCCUGGUGACCAACUGAUCUACCCUCCGGCUACUGAUGAUAACUUGGAUGAUGAUCAAAACGGUGGCGACGAUUUAUCACAGUCAUCGUUUCUUUGGAAUUUCUAAGCCUCAAUUGGAGUACUUAAAAAGUGUAAUAGUCUUUUUCUUUUGGUCAUUCUUUUCUUGGAUAUAUAGAGGUAGUUAGAUAAUCAGGAGCUUGGCGAAUUUUAGCUGCCAGGGUCUCUGAUUUUUUUUUUCCCAGCUAGAGUGAUGGUUGAAAAUUGAAUUUCAUCAGGGGGGAACGGUCCAGGUUUUUUCGUACCGUCUGUCUCCCUACCGAGCGACCAUUAAUUUUUCUUGGGUCCGGAAUUGGCAUUGCUUGAUAUUGGAAUUAUAAGAAAAGGCCUCUUCCAGGAAAUUAAGGUGGGUCAGAACCGAGAAUUCAGAUUUGGCAUUAGUGGAUUCUUCAGAGUAGGACAUGGCAUUUGGUCUCCCUUUCUUUUUUCUUUUUCUCAAAUGGCAGCUGUGUUGACAUGCAUGGCAUCGCUUGGCAUUUGCAAGACAGCUGCCGCUUGUUCACCUAAGAUUUUAGCUAAUAAAAUUCAACUCGAACUUGAAACGGAA